UUGAUGUUUGAAGUUGUUUUGAAUAGGAUCAAAAUGGGAACCUUGCAAGAACCCAGUGCUUUGACAGCCAGACUGCAGAACACUCUCAUGUCUUACCAUAGCCUGGAUGAGAAUGAGUGGAGGGUAGCCAAGAAAUCGAAAGAUGUCACGGUAUGGAGAAAGUCAUCAGAGGAGUUUCGUGGCUAUCUGUAUAAAUCCCAGGGUAUGGUUGACGAUAACCCCAAUAGAAUAGUGGAUUACAUACGCCCUGGGCCUUAUCGAUUAGACUGGGAUAGUUUGAUGACAGCAAUGGACAUAAUAGAAACCCUUGAUCAGGGCUGUUGUGUGAUGAGGUACACAACUGCAGGCCAGCUGUGGAACAUCAUAGCUCCCAGAGAGUUUAUUGAUUUCUCCUACACCACAGACUACCAGGAUGGACUAUUGUCCUGCGGUAUCAGUGUGGAGCAUGAGGAGCAGCACCAGAGUUAUGUCCGGGGCUUCAACCACCCAUGUGGCUGGUUCUGUGUGCCCACCCCAGAUAGCACCACCACCCCAGCCCAGAGCCUCCUGACAGGGUACAUUCAGACAGACCUCCGGGGUAUGAUCCCCCAGUCUGCCGUGGACACAGCCAUGGCCAGCACCCUCAUCAACUUCUACACUGACCUGCGCAGGGCUCUGAAGAAGGCCUAACCAGUACUAGCCCGGUUGCCAGAUUGGUUUAUGCUUUAGCCAACUCUGUCGUAUUUGUUGUUAUACUGAAUGCAUGGGAUGGCAAGGGAAGUAAGAGGAGUUGGCUAAAACACGUUCAAAUCUGGCGACUAGGCUAAACCAGUACAUCCUAACAGCACUCCUUUUUCAAUACACCAGUCGAUUGAUCAGUCAGUCUAUACUCCACCCUCAUAGAGGGCUAUAGAGAUCCAACUCCAAUUCACACCAACUCAGGGCAGGAUCCAGUUUAGGUUGAAACAGGGUAGGAGUUAAAGGACAUGGUCUGACCUGGUCUGCUGCUCACUGGACUUUGGAGUUGUGAUGUGUUACUUGUCUGCUCUUUAAAUCAUUAUAUAAUACUGAAAAUUGCUACGAGAUUAAGGUGGUACACAAAUACUGAAGCACUUGAUCAAAGUCGAUGUUUGCCUUUUUUGUUGAUCUUUUUUGCUGAUUUCGGACAAACAUCGAACAUACCCAACAAAUUAAAUCGUUGGGGGUAGAUAGAUAAAAAAAAAUGGGUAGACAGACAGCCAAUACAAUCAAUCCAAUGUUGCUUUUAGUUGAAGUUACAUGUGAAAGUGUUUGCAGGACUAUACAUUGGAAUUUGACUGGUGUGUCACGCCCUGAUCUGUUUCACCUGUCCUUGUGCUUGUCUCCACCCCCCUCCAGGUAUCACCCAUCUUUGCUAUUAUCCCUGUGUAUUUAUACCUGUGUUCUCUGUCUGUUUGUUGCCAGUUGGUCUUGUUAGUUCAAGUUUAUCAGCGGUUUUCCUGGCAGCGCCUAUCGUUUCCCAGCCUCUCUUUCCUCGUCAUCCUGGUUUUUGACCUUUGCCUGUCCUGACCCUUUACCCGCCGGUCUGACCUCUCUGCCUGCCUGCCGUCCUGUACCUUUGCUCCACCUCUGGAUUACUGAACUCUGCCUGUCCCUGACCCUGAGUCCGCCUGCCGUCCUGUACCUUUGCUCCACCUCUGGAUUACUGAACUCUGCCUGUCCCUGACCCUGAGCCUGCCUGCCGUCCUGUACCUUUGCUCCACCUCUGGAUUACUGAACUCUGCCUGUCCCUGACCCUGAGUCCGCCUGCCGUCCUGUACCUUUGCUCCACCUCUGGAUUACUGUACUCUGCCUGUCCCUGACCCUGAGCCUGCCUGCCGUCCUGUACCUUUGCUCCACCUCUGGAUUACUGAACUCUGCCUGUCCCUGACCCUGAGCCUGUCUGCCAUCCUGUACCUUUGCUCCACCUCUGGAUUACUGAACUCUGCCUGUCCCUGACCCUGAGCCUGCCUGCCAUCCUGUACCUUUGCUCCACCUCUGGAUUACUGAACUCUGCCUGUCCCUGACCCUGAGCCUGCCUGCCAUCCUGUACCUUUGCUCCACCUCUGGAUUACUGAACUCUGCCUGUCCCUGACCCUGAGCCUGUCUGCCAUCCUGUACCUUUGCUCCACCUCUGGAUUACUGAACUCUGCCUGUCCCUGACCCUGAGCCUGUCUGCCGUGCUGUACCUUUGCCUUACCCUGGAUGUUCGACACCUGCCUGCCUUGACCUGUCUUUGCCUGCCCCUAUUGCUACAAUAAACAUGGUUACUUCAACAGUCUG